AUGGCAAUAGCUUGGAGGCUUCUCAUGUGGAUGGUCAUCUUCACCGCGGUCGUGUGCAACUUCCCUGGUUACACGUUCCAGUCACAAGAGGAGUUCCUCUCCAGCCUCGAUCACUAUGAAAUCGCGUUCCCCAUCCAAGUGGACCAAAACGGUGACUUCCUCACCUUUGACGUGAGAAGCCAGCUGAAGCAACGUCCUCGGCGCAGCCUGGGCUCCUUGCCCUACGAGCCAUCCGAGCAGCAGGUUUUCUACAAAGUCUCUGCCCACCGAACCCAGUUCCUCCUCAACCUGACGCUGCACUCCAACCUGCUGGCCGAGCAUUUCACCGUCGAAUACUGGAAGCGGGAUGGCGUGGACUGGCAACAUGAUUUCCACGAGGACUGCCAUUACGCGGGUCACUUGCAGGAUCAGUACCUGAACUCCAAGGUCGCCAUCAGUAACUGCAAUGGACUGCACGGGGUGAUCGUCGCAGAUGAGGAGGAAUAUUUCAUUGAGCCCCUGAGCCCGGGAGCCAACCUCAGUGCAGGGGGCGAGGGCAAGGGCAGCCCCCACGUCGUGUACAAGCGAUCGUCUCUGCAGUACCCACACAUGGACGCAGCCUGCGGCGUGCUAGAUGAGAAGCCCUGGAAAGGGAGGCACUGGUGGCUGCGGACCCUGAAGCCCUCCCCUCUGAAGCCGUCGGGCAACCACAGCCAGCGAGGCCAGCUGCCCCUGAAGAGAUCCGUCAGCACGGAGCGCUACGUGGAGACGCUGGUGGUGGCUGACAAGAUGAUGGUGGGGUACCACGGGCGGCGGGACAUAGAGCAGUACAUCCUGGCCAUCAUGAAUAUUGUUGCCAAACUUUUCCAGGACUCGAGUCUGGGCAAUAUUGUCAAUAUCCUGGUGACCCGGCUGAUUCUCCUCACCGAGGAUCAGCCCACACUGGAGAUUAACCACCACGCUGGGAAAUCCCUGGACAGCUUCUGCAAGUGGCAGAAAUCCAUCGUGAACAGGAAUGGCAAUGGGAACGCUAUCCCCGAGAAUGGCAUAGCCAACCACGACACUGCCGUGCUGAUCACCAGAUACGACAUUUGCAUCUACAAGAACAAGCCGUGCGGCACCCUAGGCCUGGCUCCCGUUGGCGGGAUGUGCGAACGAGAACGAAGCUGCAGCAUCAACGAGGACAUUGGCCUGGCCACAGCCUUCACCAUCGCCCAUGAGAUCGGCCACACGUUUGGCAUGAAUCACGAUGGGGUCGGCAACAGCUGUGGCUCCCGUGGGCAAGAAACGGCCAAGCUCAUGGCUGCUCAUAUCACCAUGAAGACCAACCCGUUCGUAUGGUCCACGUGCAGCAGGGAUUACAUCACCAGCUUCCUGGACUCCGGGAUGGGAUUAUGCCUGAACAACGCUCCUCCCAAGCAAGACUUUAUCUACCCAACAGUGGCUCCAGGACAGGCCUACGAUGCAGACGAGCAGUGCCGUUUCCAGUACGGAGUUAAAUCUCGCCAGUGUAAAUACGGGGAAGUCUGCAGCGAGUUAUGGUGUCUGAGUAAAAGCAACCGCUGCAUAACCAACAGCAUCCCUGCUGCCGAGGGGACCAUCUGCCAAACCAACACCAUUGAAAAGGGG